AUGCACGCAGCGCUGCAGACGACGGAGCUUGUGCUUGAUAUCCUCUCUCACCUCGAGCAUGUCGACCUCGCCGCUGUCGCGAGGACAUGCUCGAGAUUAUCAGGGCCGGCCCUCAGCCAGAUUUGGAAGCAUAUUUGUGGCUUGGAACACAUCCUUGAUCUCCUACCGGGAGGCAAAAUUAGCCUGGAGAAGACGCCAGUCCACCAAUAUCAUGUUGCUGGGUCCACCGAGAAUUCGGACGUGGAACGGGUCAAAUACUAUGCAGGCUUCGUCAGAUCAUGGGCACUCAGGCCUUCCAUCGAUGAUAUCUCGACCCAGGAUCUGCAGAAAGUGCUCGCUGGCCUGCGCGGGCAAACUUUGUUCCCAAACCUCCGGAAGUUCACAUAUCUAGGACCAUCUCCUUGUGCUCCGCUCCUACUCUCCGUCAUAGGACCGUCAGUCACGAGCCUUCAGUUAUGGUACAGCUUUGGAGCGGAGCUAGGCGUGAACGCCAGACCUGAAGACGUCGACUACAGUGCUGAGAGGGAUCUCCUCCUUGCAAUCAAGGAAAGAAAACCCCGAGCUCCUGUCACAACACUAUCUCUCUCCGUGGAUCUUCCCUGUACUGAAUUUGUUCGUUCGGUCCUGACCGACUGGGACGAACUGGAAGACCUUUCACUCUAUACAGACUGCGUAGACCCGCCCAUGAUCAUGACCUUCCCCGCCCUACCGCGGCUCAAGAAGCUCAUGCUGUAUAUUGCAGUCAAUGGCUUCCAUCGCUCGCCCCUCGCUGUGCAACCGUCGUUCGCCAGCGCUAGUGCACUGUCAUCGCUGUAUCUCUGUGGGGAGUCCGUAAAGGACGCCUUGUCCAUCCUUCGUCCUAUCUCAUUGUCCGAACUCAUCCUCGACGGGAAGCUAGCCGCUUCAGACUUCCGCGACAUUUGCGCGCACAUGCGUAAAAUCGGCAUACCCUCAUCAUUACAGAAAAUGACCUUCCGGCAGUCCCGUCCGAACGAAGAUGAUGAGGCGUAUGCCCGAGAGGCCCUACUCAUGCAGCAUAUACAACCCCUGUUCUUCUACCAAAACCUUACAGAGGUCAUGCUUGUCUUCGUCAUCACUUCCCUGACGGAUGAUGAUAUAGGCCUCCUCGCGUGCUCCUGGCCCCACCUGCGCUCCCUAUGCAUAGAAACGACGGGCACGACGCGGCCUCUCAUCACACUCUCCGGUAUCCUUGCCUUCGCGCAGUACUGCCCCUAUCUUGAAUUCCUCAGGCUACCGGUGGACGCGACCAAGAUAUGCGUACCCGAUUCUGCCAACGUACCCUUCCCUCGCGCACAUCGUCGCCUACGCACUUUAUACAUCGACGAGUCCCCUAUAUUCUCUCCGGGGAUGGUGGCUUCCUUCUUGACGAGAUUCUUUCCUGGCAUCAGACCAGAAGGCCUCACAACUGGCAAAGGGCCUGCAUCUAACAAACGAGCGAAAAUGUGGACAGACGUGCGAACAUUAAUCCCCCUCUUCCUGGAUGCACGGAUGACCGGUAUUCACGGAGGGAUGAACCCGAUGUAG